AUGAACCCUCCUCCUUUGUCAGUUCAUAAAAAAGAUAUUCAGUUCCUUGCUCAGGAAACUACAACUUUGAUUGUAAAAAAUUUACCCAACUAUCCCGAACCUGAUUUGCUCGAAUUCCUGAAACGCUUUGGACCACAAGAUAUUCGUCUUGGAAAAACUCAACCAUUGAAAAAUACUGCUUUUUUGGAUUUUCCUGAUCGAUCCUUAGCUACUACAGCAAGAUAUAGGAGGAAAAAAAUUCGUGUAGAAUAUGCAUCACCUAGUAAAGAGGCUUUAAAAAAGAAGGCUAGCGUUGAUGUAGCAAAUAGCCCUGGUGAUAUUAGACAAAACGAUGUAGCGAUACCACAAUUACCACCACCGCCACCUAUUCCACCAAUACCUGGGUCACAAGCAGAGCCUAUUGCUCCUUCGCUUGGAUUCAAUUAUCCACCAGCCCCAACACUUCAUUAUCGUUAUCCACCACCAACAGUUGAAAUUCUUUACAACAUUAUGAACGCAAUAGCGGCCGUACCCAAAUUGUAUACUCAAGUAUUACAUUUAAUGAACAAAAUGAACCUACCACCACCAUUUAAACCAGUAGUUCCUGAAUCCGUACCACCUCUA